AGUCCGUCCGUCCCCGGGGUGGGGGGCUCCGCCGUCCCCGCCGUCCCCGUGGCCGCCGCCGCCGUCCCCGCCGUCCCCCCCGCGGGCCAUGGAGAAGACGAUGCACUUGGGCCGGCUGCCCUCCCGGCCCCCUCUGCCCGGGGGCGGCGCCGGACAGUCCGGGGCCAAGAUGCGGAUGGGCCCUGGAAGAAAGAGGGAUUUUUCCCCGGUCCCCUGGAGCCAGUACUUUGAAUCCAUGGAAGACGUUGUGGUUGAGAAUGAAACGGGUAAAGAUACUUUUCGAAUUUACAAGAGUGGUUCCGAGGGCCCCGUCUUGCUGCUGCUGCACGGGGGAGGCCAUUCUGCUCUCUCCUGGGCCGUUUUCACUGUUGCCAUCAUCAGCAGGAUUCAGUGUAGGAUUGUAGCCUUGGAUCUGAGGAGUCAUGGUGAAACGAAAGUCAAGAACACCGAAGACCUGUCUGCGGAGACGAUGGCCAAGGAUAUUGGGAAUGUGGUUGAAGCUCUGUAUGGGGAUCUGCCUCCUCCAAUCAUGCUGAUCGGGCACAGCAUGGGUGGGGCUAUUGCAGUCCACACCGCAGCCUCCAACCUGGUUCCGAGCUUACUGGGGCUCUGCAUGAUUGACGUGGUGGAAGGCACAGCCAUGGAUGCGCUCAACAGUAUGCAGAAUUUCUUACGUGGCCGCCCGAAGACCUUCAAGUCACUGGAGAAUGCAAUAGAGUGGAGUGUGAAGAGUGGUCAGAUAAGAAAUCUGGAAUCUGCGCGAGUUUCUAUGGUUGGCCAAGUAAAGCAGUGUGAGGGAACGACUAGUCCAGAAGUCUCUAAAGCCAUAGAAGAAGGGAUCAUAGAGGAGGAGGAGGAAGAUGACGAGGGGGGCGAGUCUGUCAACAAAAGGAAGAAGGAAGAUGAUACUGAGACCAAGAAAGACCACCCAUAUACUUGGAGAAUCGAGCUCGCCAAAACCGAAAAGUACUGGGAUGGCUGGUUCCGGGGCCUGUCCAACCUCUUCCUUAGUUGCCCGAGUCCCAAAUUGCUGCUUCUGGCAGGUGUGGAUAGGCUGGAUAAAGACCUAACCAUUGGGCAGAUGCAAGGAAAAUUCCAGAUGCAGGUACUCCCUCAGUGUGGCCAUGCAGUGCACGAAGAUGCUCCAGACAAAGUAGCUGAAGCCAUCGCCACUUUUUUGAUCCGUCACAGGUUUGCCGAGCCAAUUGGAGGAUUCCAAUGCGUGUUCCCGGCUUGCUAGGGUUCCGGCACUCUUCAGCCCCCACUUCCUCUGUAAAUAAAGUGCAUCGGAGGGAGGCCCGCGUGGCCCGUCCGUGACCAUUCCUCUC